UGAAGUUUCUUGCAGCAUAACUCGGGCGACUCUUAUCGGGUCGGAUCCGACCCAAACAUGAACUAGUUAAAUCCUAAAGGGCACAAUCUGAGUUGAACAGGAAGCGUGUAACUCGGGGAAAGAUCGAUUCAUCAGUCUUCUUCUCUGAGUAGAGGUUUUGGAUUUGUAAGCAUUUACAAUGUCUUCGUCCUAUCUCCCAGCAACCACUGACUCAAUUGCUCAGGCCUUAGAAGCCAAAACACCAUCUGAAGCCGUCUCAAUCCUUUACCGUGUACUGGAAAAUCCUGCAUCUGCUCCCGAUGCUCUACGGAUUAAAGAGCAGGCCAUAACAAAUCUAUCUGAUCUUCUUAGACAAGAGAACCGAGCAGAGGAGCUCAGAAGCCUUCUGACCCAACUGAGGCCCUUUUUUGCACUAAUUCCAAAGGCAAAAACUGCUAAAAUUGUCCGUGGUAUAAUUGAUGAUGUAGCUAAGAUACCAGGAACAUCAGAUCUCCAGAUUUCUCUUUGCAAAGAAGUGGUGCAGUGGACUCGUGCUGAGAAGCGAACUUUCCUUCGCCAACGAGUUGAGGCAAAGCUUGCGGCACUUUUGAUGGAGAACAAGGAGUACUCUGAAGCACUGAAUCUCCUUUCUGGUCUAAUCAAGGAGGUCAGAAGGUUGGAUGACAAGCUUCUUCUAGUCGACAUAGACUUGUUAGAGAGUAAGCUUCAUUUCUCUCUUCGAAACCUGCCGAAAGCAAAGGCAUCUCUAACAGCUGCAAGGACAGCGGCAAAUGCAAUUUAUGUGCCACCAGCGCAACAAGGUAAUAUAGAUUUGCAAAGCGGAAUCCUCCAUGCAGAGGAAAAGGAUUACAAAACUGGUUAUAGCUACUUCUUUGAAGCAUUUGAAGCAUUCAAUGCCCUAGAAGAUCCCCGUGCUGUAUUUAGCCUCAAGUAUAUGUUGUUGUGCAAGAUAAUGGUGAGCCAGGCCGAUGAUGUUGCUAGUAUAAUAUCAUCCAAGGCAGGGCUACAGUAUGUGGGGCCUGAACUUGAUGCUAUGAAAGCUGUUGCUGAUGCCCAUGCCAAACGUUCCCUGAAGCUUUUCGAGAUUGCUCUUCGUGAUUUCAAGGCUCAACUAGAGGAAGACCCAAUUGUUCACAGGCACCUUUCUUCCCUAUAUGACACUCUAUUGGAGCAGAACCUGUGCCGAUUGAUUGAGCCUUUCUCAAGGGUUGAGAUUGCACAUAUUGCUGAACUGAUUGAGUUGCCUGUAGACCAUGUGGAGAAGAAACUUUCUCAGAUGAUUCUUGAUAAGAAGUUUGCAGGGACGCUGGAUCAGGGUGCUGGAUGCCUUGUCAUCUUUGACGAUCCCAAGACCGAUGCCAUUUUCCCUGCAACAUUGGAGACCAUCUCUAACAUUGGCAAGGUUGUAGAUAGCCUCUAUGUGAGGUCUGCUAAGAUAAUGGCAUAAGAGUCAAGAUUUACCGAUGCUUAUAUACAGCUUGCAACUCGGUUCUAGCGAAAAACAAGUGUUCAGUGACACUGGAUGUUCACAUGUUUUAAUGUUUCAGCUUUUAAUUUAAUGGUAUUGCGGCACAACAUUUGGUUCAAAAUAUGGAGUUGAUUCAGACAAUCUUGUGUUUGCUCACCAUAUGCUUGUCUACUGUUUGACUUUUCAAUUAUUGUUCGUUUGCUUAUAAUUGAUGGCCUAGUUUUCUUUAUUUCAUAAA